AUGAACGGGACGACUCCUCCUGUACCCGCCGCAGGGGUGUGGGCACCAGCAAUAACCUUUUUCGACCCCAAAACCGACGAAAUCGACGUCGCCUCCCAAGCAAAGUACUACAAAUACCUCUCCCAACACCUAACGGGCCUUGUAAUCCUCGGAACCAACGCCGAGACCUUCCUGCUGACCCGCGAUGAACGCAAAACUCUCCUCAGGACUGCUCGUGAAGCCGUGGGACCGGACUAUCCCAUCAUGGCGGGAGUAGGAGGCCACAGCACCAAGCAGGUUCUUGAAUUCAUCGAUGAUGCGAAAGAUGCCAAAGCGGACUAUGUUCUUGUUCUACCCUGUGCGUACUUCGGGAAGGCGACGACGGGGAAGGUGAUUGAGAGGUUUUAUGAUGAGGUUGCUGAGAAGAGUCCUUUGCCGGUUGUGAUUUACAACUUCCCAGGCGUCUGCAACGGCGUAGAUAUCGACUCAGAUGUCAUGCCCUCACUAGCCAAAAAACAUAAGAACAUCGUCGGCGUGAAGCUAACCUGUGCUUCUGUGGGCAAAAUCACUCGUUUAGCCGCCUCAUUUUCGCAAUCAGAAUUCGCAAUCUUCGGAGGCCAGUCCGACUUCCUCCUCGGGGGCAUGGCAGUCGGCUCAGCGGGUUGUAUCGCUGCUUUCGCCAACGUCUUUCCGAAGACGAUUCGGCGGAUCUAUGAUCUCUACACCCAAGGCAAGCACGACGAAGCACUCAAGAUCCACCGCGUAGCUGCUAUGGCGGAGAGUCUGAGCAAAUCUGGCAUCGCGAAUACGAAGUAUGCUGCUGCUUUGACCAGUGCGAGAGCGGCUGGGAUUGGGGAUGCAGAGACGAAGUUACAGCCAAGACAUCCUUAUGAGGCGCCUAGUGAUGCGACGAAGAUGGAGAUCAAGCAGAAGAUGGAGGAGAUGAUCAAGAUUGAGGACUCCUUAUAA